CUCAUCACUAAGAUGGCUUCUGCUUCUGAGGAGAUCACGCCUAAGAUGGACAACCAUUCUGAAAAGUCGGCUCCACACUCAGCAAGCGAUGUUGAGAAGCAAAGCCAAGCUCCAGCAGAGGAGCUGCAAAGGAAGCUGUCAAGUCGCCAUCUCCAGUUCGUCGCAAUUGGCGGAACAGUAGGCACUGGUGUCUUCAUUGCCAGCGGUGGCUCAAUCGCAACUGCUGGUCCAGUCGGCGCCCUCCUCGCAUACGUCUUCGUCGGCACAUUGGUCUACUCCGUCAUGCUCUCGCUCGCAGAGAUGGCAACUUACCUCCCAAUCUCUGGUGCUUUCACGCAAUACGCCGUCCGAUUUGUCGAUCCUAGUCUCGGUUUCGCCAUGGGCUGGGUCUACUGGUUGUCCUGGUCUAUCACAUACGCACUCGAACUCGUCGCGGCUGGUCUCAUUGUCCAAUGGUGGAACCAAGACUUGAGUAUUGGCAUCUUCAUCACCAUUUUCUGGGUCCCCAUUACUUUGAUCAACUUCUUGCCAGUCGAUGUUUUCGGCGAGUUUGAGUUUUGGUUCGCAUUGAUCAAGGUCGUUGCGUUGGUCGGGUUCUGGAUUUUCGCCAUCAUCAUGAACGCUGGCGGUGUCGGUCCGCAAGGCUACAUCGGCUUCAAGUACUGGAAGGAGCCUGGUGCUUUUGCGCCCUAUCUCGCUGAAGGUGCUGUCGCGAAAUUCGUUGGUUUCUGGGCCGUCCUGAUCCAAGCCGGAUUUGCCUUCCAGGGAACAGAGCUUUGCGCCAUCGGUGCAGGAGAAUCCGCCAACCCGCGCAAGACCAUGCCGCAAGCCAUCCGCCGAACUUUCUGGAGCAUCUUCACCCUUUUCGUGUUCACCAUUUUCUUCAUCGGCAUCCUCAUCCCAUACGACAAUGAGAACAUGACGCGUGGCGACACCAACGCCGGAUCAUCGCCCCUCGUCAUCGCCAUCCAACUCGCGGGCGUCAGCGCUCUCCCCGACAUAUUCAACGCCAUUCUCCUCACCGUCGUUCUAUCCGCCGCUAGCUCCAACGUGUACUCCGGAAGUCGUAUCCUAGUCGGUCUUGCAGAGCGCAACUGCGCCCCUGCUUUCUUCAAGCGCACAACCAAACGCGGCGUACCGUUCUACGCCACCGCCGCCACCGCCGCAAUUGGUCUUCUGGCCUACAUGAACCUGUCAUCCAAUGGCUCGGAAGUGUUCAACUGGUUACUCAACAUCACAGCUGUCGCAGGCUUCAUCGCGUGGUCCUGCGUGUGCAUCUGCCAUCUUUGCUUUAUGCGCGCCCUCAAGGCUCAGAACAUCGAUCGCGACACACUUCCAUUCAAGUCAUGGGGCGGCAAGUACCUUGCAUGGUACGCGCUCAUUUUCUGCGUCAUUAUCAUCUUCACGCAAGGUUUCACUGCUUUUGUUCCCUGGAGCGUGAGGGAUUUCUUCAUCGCAUACAUCAGUCUUAUCCUCUUCGUUAUUCUGUACGUCGGCCACAAGUCAAUUACGAGGAGCAAGUUUGUCAAGGCUACCGAGGCGGAUAUCUUUUCGGGACAGUUCAAGGAGGAGUUGAGUGAGAACUGGGAGGAGAGCUCGGCGAGUGGGUGGAAGAAGAUGUUUAGCAAAAUCUUCUAAGUAUAAUGAGUUGGGUGUUUUUGUUUUUGGGUUUGAGUCGUUGCAUUGGGAGCGGGUUUUGAAAAAGUGCUAUGAGCUGCAUGGUUGGGCGGGUUAGUUGCAUUGCAUGGUGUUUUAGGUUUGAUGACGUUUUAGCUGAGCGAGAUACCUUUGUUAAUGACCACUUUCUACUGUUCAUUGUUUUCUCGUCUCUUUUUCUUGUUUGGGCUAUAAUCGAGACUCGUAGUACAAACCUCAAGAACCUGACUUCGAUUAGGAUGAUCCUGAGUAAGAUUGAUUGGGCAUCUGAGUGAAUGCAUGA